AAAUAUCCCAUAAUAAUUAAUAUAUCUAAAUCUCCCAUCAUAUAUAUAAGUCUUCCAGUAUCCCAGCAUGUAUCUAAGUCUCCCAGCAUAUAUCUAAAUAUCCAAGCAUUCUCCCAGCAUAUAUCUAAGUCUCCCAGCAUACAUCUAAAUAUCCCAGCAUUCUCCCAGCAUAUAUCUAAAUCUCCCAUCAUAUAUUUAAGUCUUCCAGUAUCCCAGCAUGUAUCUAAGUAUCCCAGCAUAUAUCUAAAUAUCCCAGCAUUCUCCCAGCAUAUAUCUAAAUCUCCCAUCAUAUAUUUAAGUCUUCCAGUAUCCCAGCAUCAUGUAUCUAAGUCUCCCAUCAUAUAUCUAAGUCUUCCAGUAUCCCAGCAUAUAUCUAAGUCUCCCAGCAUACAUCUAAAUAUCCCAGCAUGUAUCUAA